AUGGUCUCCAGACAGAAAGAGGAAAUGGCAUCACAGCUUUCUGUCUCAGAGGAACAGGAAACUCAGUAUGCUCUAGCAUUGGCUGAAUGGAAAGAAAAGGAAGGACAUCAAGAAGGAAAACUUGUGUCAUCGCAGGAGCAUUUGGAUAAAGCAAAUGCAGUCCUGGAGCUGAAGGAAGAACAAAUGGAAACACUGAAAAACCAAAAUGAGGUCCAACAGGAAGAACUGGAGGUGGUGCAAAAGAAAUUGAUGGAGUUACUAAACAGCAUGGAAGGAAAUGUGGACAAAGUCUUCAUGAGAAACCUCUUCACUGCAUGUUUUCAAACACCCAAAAGGAAACAACCUGAAGUGCUACAGUUAAUUGGAAGCACUCUGGGUACCAAAUGGGAGGAAAUGGAGCAGUUGUUGAAGGAAGAUCAAGGCGCUGUCACCAGAUUUGCAGAUGGGCACAUACUGGAUUCAAAAAGAUACGUCAUUAUUGGAGCAGAUCUCCGAGAGAUACAUGAAUUGGAAGAGAAACUAAAGAAAUCUAACAUGAAUACACAAUUGCCAACGCUCCUGAUAACUGAAUGUGUGCUAGUCUAUAUGACUCCAGAGCAGUCUGCAAACCUCCUCAAGUGGGCAGCCAACAGUUUUGAGACAGCCAUGUUGAUAAACUACGAACAGGUGAACAUGGGUGAUCGGUUUGGGCAGAUCAUGAUUGAAAACCUGCGGAGACGACAGUGUGAUCUGGCAGGAGUGGAAACUUGCAAGUCAUUAGAGUCACAGAAAGAACGGCUGCUGUCAACAGGGUGGGAAACGGCAUCCGCAGUGGACAUGAUGGAGUUGUACAGCAGGUUACCGCGUGCUGAAGUGAGCAGAAUAGAAGCGCUUGAAUUCCUGGAUGAAAUGGAGCUUCUUGAGCAGCUCAUGCAGCAUUACUGCCUCUGUUGGGGAACCAAAGGAGGAAGUGAACUUGGUUUGCAGGAGAUAACUUGUUAGUCUGUUGAAGGCAUAUGCUGAGCCACAAGCUGAAGCCACCGGCCUUCCUGGGGGAGCUACGCUGAGCUCUGAGUGAUGGGCAGGCCUCAGGUACUGCCCUCAUCCCACAAUCUGAGAAACCUUGGUCUCAAAGUUUGCCGUACCAGCUCUUGUUUCUGUUGACUUGUUUAAAUAAAUCACACUUGCCAUUGC